CUGGAAACAAGUUGCUUCUUGGGGUCAUUCGAGGGCUUGAUGUCAAUUACACCAGAACUCCGUGCAUCUGCUCGCGCAACGUAUCGAUUUCUUUUCCGUACUGCGGCAAAUACGUUCCGAGGAGAUGACCGUGUUCUAAACGCGUUCCGAGAAAAGGUACGAAAUGACUUCCGGGAGGGUCGGUCUGUGAGCGAGGAAAGCGUGUACAGUGCGCGAAUACAACUCGGUCGGGAAGUCGCAGAUGUUUUGAGGAAGAACGUCGUCCAGGGUGUUAAGGUCCAACCAAUCGAGCAAUCCUCCACUAUCAGUACAGGGGUUGGGGAUAAGGUGAAGGUUGAGGAAGGCGGAGUAUGGCGAUUACGAAUCACGAAAGAUACAGAACUUGGUUCGAACGAGACGACUAAGAUGGGGUCAGCGUCGACUUCUCCUGGGGGACUAGGAAGAGGGCAAACGUGCUGUCAACAACAAUCCUCUACGUCUGCUUCAUCACCAUUUGAAAGUCCCACUCCUACUCUUACUUCCGGGUCGAACGACACAAACUCAAAUUCACAAAGAAAGAUGAACUAUACCACACUCAAACGCCUUUCGCAAACACGUACCAAACCAGAGCUGAACGAAGCUGACUUAGAGGAGUCUUUCGUAAGAGGUAGUGGCCCAGGAGGUCAAUCAAUCAACAAAACAUCCAACAACGUCCAACUCCUCCACAAACCAACCGGGAUACGCGUAACAUGCCAAGAAACACGGUCCUUACAAACGAAUCGAAUGAUCGCAAGAAGGAACUUAAUCGAAAAGCUAGACCAAAUCGCGAACCCAGGUCUAUCAAAAGAAAACCUAAAACGAGCAAAACAAGUCGAGAGAGAACGUCGACGAAGAAAAAAGGCGAAGAAGAAAAAGGAUAAGGCUCACAGUACAGAGGCAGACGAAGACGAAGAAGCUUAA